UAACUAUCUCUUCAAGUACAGCGGUAAGCCAGCGGGGCUGUUAAAACAUCUUUUGAACUUGUCAUCUAUCAAAACGCUUCAAGCGUUUCCCUCCUGGUGUAUUAGGUAUGGAGAUGCAACAGGCCCACAAAUCACACCUGCUGGAGAGGUCCAAGUGUCUGAUGGAAGGACUCCCACAUCAGGGAAGCUCCACACUGCUCAGGAAGAUCUACACUGACCUCUACAUCACAGAGGGGGGAGAAUGUGGGGUCAAUGAAGAACACGAGGUCAGACAGAUAGAGAGGGCAUCCUGGAGAGAAGAAGACGAAGAUGGGGAUUCUGAUGAUCUAGAGGGAGAAGAUGAAGACCUCUACAUCACGGCAGGGUGGGGAGGAUAUGUCAAUAAUGAACAUGAGGUCAGACAGAUAGAGAGGGCAUCCUGGAGAGAAGCAUUACAAGACAGGCUAAUCAAAUGCAGUGACAUCAUCAAACACAUAUCUGAAAAGGUCAGUCAGUUGUCUAAACAAGUCAAGCCCUCAUCUAAACAAGCCAAACAGAUGUCUAAGCAAGUCAAACCUAUUGGAAUAGUGCUGACAAAGGGAGUGGCUGGCAUUGGAAAAACCGUCUCUGUGCAGAAGUUCAUUCUAGACUGGGCUGAAGGUACGUCCAAUCAGGAUGUUGACUUCAUUUUUCCUCUUCCUUUCCGUGAGCUGAAUCUGAUGAAGGAGAAAAUCAUCAGUCUAGUAGAUCUCAUUAGGCACUUUUUCUCAGAUGUGAAGGAUCCAAGAUUCGUCACCAGUUUAGAGAACAGGGUCAUGUUCAUCUUUGAUGGUCUGGAUGAGUGUCGACUUCCUCUAGAUUUUCACUCCAACCCAGAGUGCUCUGAUGUGACAAAGUCAGUCCCAGUGGAUGUGCUGCUGACAAACCUCAUCCAGGGCAAUAUGCUUCCGUUUGCUCUCCUCUGGAUCACCACCCGACCAGCAGCAGCCAAUCAGAUCCCUCCAAGGUGUGUGAACCAGGUGACAGAAAUAAGAGGAUUUAACGACCCACAGAAGGAAGAGUACUUCAGGAAGAAGCUCAGUGAUGAGAGUCUGGCCAGCAGAAUCAUCGCUCACCUGAAGUCAUGCAGAAGUCUCUACAUCAUGUGCCACAUUCCGGUCUUCAGCUGGAUUUUAGCUACAGUAGUAGAGAGAACAUCAGAUGGAUCAGGGAGUGUAGAGAUGCCAAGGACUCUCACUCAGAUGGCGGCAACACUUCAUGACUUACUCAAGACAGCAGUGGAUCUGGCCUUACAGAGUAAGAAUGGACACCUGGACCUUUUCCUCCGUUUUCUUCUUGGCCUCUCACUGGAUUCCAAUCAGAGUCUUUUAAGAGAACUACUGCCACAGACUAACAGCCGAUCACAAAGCUCAGAUCAGACAGUCCAGUUAGUAAAACAGGAGAUCAGAGGUCAUAGGGAGACAGACAGAAGUGUCAACUUGUUCUACUGUCUGAAUGAGUUGAAUCAACAUGCUGUAGUGGAGCACAUUGACAGGAGCUCAGGAACUCUGACUAUAGAGAUGCUCUUACCAGGACAGUGGAAGACUGAGAAGUUUACGUUCAAGACUUCAACAGAGUAUCUGGAUGGGUUUGACCUGCAGAAGUACAUACAGACACCAGAGAUGGAUCAGACUGACCUCCUGAGCCCAGAUGACGUCAUCCAGAAGCUGAUACCAUCUGAUGUGUUCACAUCAUCCACUUCAGCAGAGUGA